AUCCACAUCCACCUCCCAUUUCUCCCGAAUCCUCCUUCUCGUCGAUCGUUUCGCACGGCGCCACAGACCUACUCUUGCACUGUUGCUGAGCUCAGAUCCGAUUAGCGGCGCAACAAUGGUGUCCUCGAUGAACCACUACAGAGAUUACGCCCCCUUGUCCCUCUCCCUCUCCCUCGGCGCCGUGGCCGAGCGCAAGAAGAAGCUCAGGCGCGCCGCGGCAUCCGGCGAGUUCGUGUACAAGACGUGCAGCCGCUCCUUCCCGACGUUCCAAGCGCUCGGCGGGCACCGGACCAGCCACCUCCGUGGCCGCAACGGGCUCGCGCUCGCCCUCGCCCGAGAUCACUACUCCCUCAAGCCCAAGAAGACCACUUCUUCAGACGAUCAGAAUCCGGCGGCAGUACACCAGUGCCAUGUCUGCGGCCUCAGCUUCGAGAUGGGGCAGGCGCUCGGGGGACACAUGCGCAGGCACCGUGAGGAGGCCGGCGCCGUGGCGCAGGCGCCGCCCGUUCUGCUCCAGCUCUUUGUCUAGAGCUCUAGAUAGCUAACUCGAUUGAUUGGUAGUCCAUAGCUCCAUUUAGUUCAGAGUUCCUGCAGGUUAACCAGUGUGCGCGAUUCGUUUGUACGUUUGCUGCACGUACACCCCGUAUAUAGUUAGGUGUUGAUCGUUGGUUCAUUCGUUCCUAUGUGUACAUACAUGGGUACGACUUGUUCAUUCAUUCGUUGAAGAGAUCAUUAUAUAGUACAUUGAUUCAUUGGUUUUUGUUGUUUC